UUAAGAGGCGGGCCCGCGUGUUCGCCCUGCCACCGGAAGUGAUCGGCGUGACCCGGCCAAGCAGAAGCCGCAAAAUGGCGUCUCGGGCCAAGCGGCCGAAGGUUGAGACUGCAGAGAGGCCCACGGACCUGGACCAAGGUACUGAUGAAGCACUGAGCCAGUUCUUGAACUGGUGCAAGCAGUCAGGCCUGCACCUCAGCUCAAAGGUAUAUGUGAGUAAAGAGGGCACAGUUGCCGAUUAUGGGCUGGUGGCAAAGGAAGACGUUGAAGAAGGAGAGGUGUUGUUUUCCGUUCCCAGGUCAGCACUCCUCAGUCAGCACACCACAGUGAUACGUGACCUGCUGAAGAAAGAAGAGGCAGCGUUGGAGAGCCGGUCGGGAUGGGUGCCGCUCCUGCUUUCCAUGAUGUUCGAGAUCACCAAUGAUGAGUCCUGUUGGAAGUCUUAUUUCUCCUUGUGGCCUGGCUUCUGCACCCUUCACCACCCUAUGUUCUGGUCUGAGGAGGAGAGGAACAGGUUGCUGUUGGGCACGGGUGUGGCAGUGGCAGUGGAGAAAGACCUGAUCAACAUCGAAGAAGAGUAUGACAGCAUAGUGCUGCCUUUCAUGAAAUCCCACCCCGACACCUUUGACCCACGCAAGCACACCCUGGACCUUUACAAGAAGCUGGUGGCGUUUGUUAUGGCUUACAGUUUCCAGGAGCCAGAUGAAGAUGAAGAUGAAGAAUUAAAGUCUCUAAACCCUCCCAUGAUGGUCCCCAUGGCAGACAUAUUGAAUCAUGUGGCCAAUCACAAUGCUAACUUGGAAUUUACAGCGGAAUGUUUGAAAAUGGUCUCCAUCAAGAAGAUCAAUGGAGGUGAAGAGAUAUUUAACACCUAUGGUCAGCUUGCAAACUGGCAACUCCUGCACAUGUACGGGUUCACCCAACCCUACCCCAGUAACACACACGAAGCCCUAGAUAUCGAGAUGCAUCUAGUGUAUGAUGCUGCCAUGCAAGCUGUGAAGACAGAAGAGGAGAAAAAGUUGCUGGCAGAAAAGUGGGAAUUCCUGACGGAGUUGGAAGUAAUUGGAGAAGAGGGAGACUUUGUUAUCGGCCAGUCUGGAGUCCUAACAGAGGAGGAACUUUACAGUACUCUGAAGGUUUUGAGUAUGACGAUGGAAGAAUUUGAAGAAUACAAAGCCAAUGAUGGGUGGGAGGAAGAAGAGGAAGAUGAUGAUAUUUCCAGUCUUACCAAUUCUGUAAUACCCAAACUGAAGCCAGCCUGGAAGCAACUUCUACACAACACUGUGAGAAUGAGGCUAAAAUCAUACAGCUCGGGUUUAAAGGAAGAGGAAGCCACAUUGGCUAAUGUGGAGAACUAUCGGCAGCUUAGUAAACAGGAACAUGACUCCCUGCAGGUUCGAUAUGCUCAGAAGAUGAUUUUGCAUCGAUUGCUGCAGCUCACAGUGUAGUGGUAACAGCAACUGAGGAAUAAAAUCUUCUUUAUAUUCUCACUAAUUAUUAUAGUUUUGGUAGCCUGUAAAGUUGAAAAUGUAAUGCCUUUUUCAUGGAAAAAUAUCUUGGCACUUCAGCUCAUCAUCUUUCUUAUUUGAGUUAUAGAAACAAGUGAACUAGGUAAUGUUAAACUCUCAGGAAAUUGUCUUGGUGCUCAAGGGCGCGAGCAUUUUUGGUGCCAAUUGUAUACUGUGGCUUCCCUUAAGUGGAGCCUAUUUCAAUUAUGUCAUCACGGAGUAUAAAAUAGUAAUUUCUUGAAUCCAGCCCAUUUGGCUUUGUUCAGUGAAAUUAUACAAAUGUCUGAAGUGAAACAUUUUGAUUCUCAAUUCAUGUUCUACAUUAACUAUUCUUUAUCAAUAAUAUUCAUUUUUAAAUUUAGUUCAGCGUUUAGAAUUUAUGGAUUUCAGCUUUCUUAUAGUUUGUCAUUAAACAAGCUGUUUAAACAGU